CAAUCCACGUAAAAAGAUUAGUAUAAUACCUGUUACCAAAGGGACCCUUAUUAAGUAAAAUGCCAAACACCUCUUUCCUCCAUUUCUCUAUUCACAAUUCUCCAUUAACAAAUACCCAAAUCUCUCUACAACAUUUCAAUUGUAUCCCAACAAUCAAUCAUAUACCUUUUUUUAGCUUUCUUGUAAUUCUAUCUUUUCCCCUCUUUCAAUCGAGUGCUUGUUAACCCACCUAAUCUACUUGUCUUAGCUUACCGACAAACAAAGGGAAUAAAGAAUACAAUUUGGGAUAAAACCAUUUCCGAUUUACUCGUUUUUCAAUCAGUUUAUGUAUCCAUUUUGAUCUGAAUCUUCAAAUUGCUUUCUGGGUAUUGCAGAUUCUCCCCGUAUCUUUUAUUUUCUGGUUUGAGGGGGCUCAGUGGGUGCGUGCGUGCGUGCUACAUCAAAUCUUGCUAGGGGAGGAAUUAACUUAGUUGCCAAGAUCUGAUAUGACCAAUCCAUAAUCCUGUAGAGAAAUAAGAGGAGAGUCUCCUUUUAUUAAUUGCAGGAUUUAGGCCUACAAUUCCAACUUUUCAGUUUUGUCUUCCUUCUGCUAUUAUAUAUGGGCUGAGGUGUUUGUUUCAUGGGAGCUGAGGACAAUGAUGAACCGCCAUCAAAACGUGUGAAGGUAUCCUCCGGUCAAUUGGUAGAUAUUUCAGACGGGACAUUUGUUAGAGAUCCUGCAAGUUGUUCAUUGGGUGACUCAAUGGCUCGACCCCUGGCUCUUCAAGGGGACAAUGAGGUUGUUGGUACAAAAGGAGUUGUCAAGAAAGUUGAAUUUGUUCGGAUUAUAACUGAGGCAUUAGAUUCUCUUGGUUACAAAAAGACUCGGGCCCUUCUAGAGGAAGAGUCAGGGAUACCCUUGCACACUUCUGUCAUAAAUUUGUUUAUGCAGCAAAUUCUUGAUGGUAAAUGGGAUGAAAGUUUAAACACAUUGCGAAAGAUUGGUCUGGUGGAUGAAAAAAUUGUGAAGUUGGCAUCUUUUGUGAUAUUGGAGCAGAAGUUUUUUGAAUUGUUGGACAAAGAAAAAGUCAUGGAUGCUCUGAAGACACUGAGGGGCGAGAUCUCACCACUUUGCAUAAACAGUGAUAGAGUCCAUCAGCUUUCCUUUUUCAUUAUAGCACCUUCUCAGCUGGUUCUUACUGGGGUAUCAGGUCAAGGUAUAGUGAGAGUAAAGUCACGUACAAAGCUACUAGAGGAAUUGCAAAGAUUACUUCCCGCAACAGUUAUGAUUCCAGAAAAGAGAUUGGUACAUCUUGUUGAACAGGCUCUUGACUUGCAACUAGAUGCUUGUAGAUUUCACAACUCUGUGGUAGGUGAAAUGUCACUGCUCACUGAUCAUCAGUGCGGAAGAGAUCAUAUUCCAUCUCUAACAGUGCAGAUAUUACAUGAACACAAUGAUGAAGUCUGGUGCUUGCAGUUUUCCCAUAAUGGAAAGUACUUAGCCUCAUCUGCCAAAUGUAAAGUAAUCAUAUGGGAGGUCAAAUUGGAUGGCAGUGUCUGCUUGAAGCACCAAUUUUCUGGUCAUGAGAAACCUGUAUCCUAUAUAUCAUGGAGUCCUGAUGACCAUCAGCUUCUCACUUGUGGUGAAGAGGAAGCUGUCAGACGGUGGGAUGCUGAGUCCGGUGAAUGUAUACACAUUUAUGAGAAAAAUGGCCUUGGUUUGAUCUCAUGCGGAUGGGCUCCUGAUGGAAAAAGAAUAUUCUGUGGUGUAACUGACAAAAGCAUUAGUAUGUGGGACUUGGAAGGGAAAGAGCUUGAGUGUUGGAAAGGCCACAGGACUGUUAGAAUAUCGGACUUGGGGAUAACAAGUGAUGGGAAGCAUGUUGUCUCUGUUUGUAAAGAAAAUAUGAUUGUAUUAUUUGGAUGGGAAUCAAAAGUAGAGAGAGUAAUUCAGGAGGAUCAACCAAUAAUCUCAUUUGUAUUGUCCAUGGACAGUAAGUAUGUAUUGGUUAGUCUUUCGAACCAAGAAAUUCAUCUUUGGAAUAUAGAGGGAACUAUAAAACUUGUAGCCAAAUAUAAGGGGCAUAAACGUUCUCGGUUUGUUGUGAGGUCUUGCUUUGGAGGACUAGAUCAAGCUUUUAUUGCCAGUGGAAGCGAGGACUCACAGGUUUAUAUAUGGCACAGAGGCUCAGGUGAACUUGUUGGGACACUGGCUGGACAUUCAGGGUCGGUGAACUGUGUUAGCUGGAACCCAGGAAAUCCUCAGAUGCUGGCAUCUGCGAGUGAUGAUCAUACAAUUCGUAUAUGGGGCUUGAAUCGGGUAAACAUGAAGCAACAUGGCACUGGUAAUGGUGUGAACUGCUGCAAUGGGCGAAGUUGAAGUCAGAUGCAAAAGGGCAGUGUGUAGUGUUACAAAUAUCUCUCAUCUUUAUCACUGGUUUCUGUGUAUAUUCUGUACGUUCAUGUCGAACCAACAUUUAUGACAAACAAGAAUGUGAAAUUUGCAUUCAGUCCAUUUAAUAUAUUGUAUACCUCCA